GGGCACCCAUAUUAUUAUUAUUUUGGCAGAACUCUGCGAUGGAAGUUAACAUUUUGUCCGACGCCAUCAUACGGCAAUCAGCAACUGCAAACAACAUCUAGCUAGCUACGGUAGUCUACCAGACUGGUAUUUAUCAUCCUCAGACUCGACUCGACUCUCAAGUUAAUUAUAUUGAAGUCAGAGAACCUUUGGCGCUGGUUGUUUGUGUCUUCCAGAUAAUCGAUUCGCUCAGCAAUAGGAUCCCAAUGACGCUAGCAGCGAAACCACACGCCUUCAUCGGUGCAAUCUUAUCCCCCAAGCAUGCACGUGAAUUGACGCCCUCAUUAUGCCUCGCCAUUACAUCGGCAUUGGCAGAACAAGCGUAUCGAAAAGAUGCCAUCCCGUACACAUCUUGGAUCACGGAAGCCUGGCGAGUGUUGGGUUGGUCCGAGCCAAGCGCGGCUCUCUUUUGGGAAAUUACCACCAUGUACCACACGCUCUAUUUGGCGAACCGUGCUCACGCUAGCGACUUUCAGGAGGCAAACCAUAUUCCUCCUAUUCUCUCUUGUGGAAGUACCAGUAGCAUGGGAAGUGGCACAACUCAUCAUACCGAUAGACCCUUGUCAUUUGAUAAAAAGAAACUUUCCACUUCAGCAUCCGCAAAGGAACUUCCGGUCUGGUUGGUCGGUACCUUCCUCCUGUUGCACUGCGAAGAAAUGGCAUUUCUUCGCAAUCUUUCCGGACAGGACGAACGGAGAUUCUACGGAAAGAAUAACAGUUCGGGCCCCGAGACUGGAAUGACAAACCCCGCUGCUUCCGGAAAGGUCGACUUUAGCAGCUUGCUCAAGCAUCCCUCAUUGUCACCAAGGACGAGGUUGCACGCGGCCUGGAGUAACGACAAUUCGCAUUGCACGGCUUAUCUCUUACGACAGCUUCGCAAGGUCCUGCUUCUAUCGGCCGUCUCGCAUAACCCCGAUGCAGUCAGAGCUUGUAUGCACCUUGCUGCUAUUCCAUCACCGGCCCCAACCCCACCGAUGGAAGAUGCGAGGAGGCCAACCUGGAAACGGUAUUCCACGGGAGAAAUCCAUCGACAUCAUGACGAGGAACAUGGUAGUGUAGGCCUAUCUGUCAGGCUCACCAUGGAGGAUCUGGAGCGUCUUCAUUUUCUAUUGCAACCGCAAGGUGGCGGCGGCAUUGACGAACCUCCGCUUCGAAUUGGAGAGUUCUUGUGGGGAAGUCUCUACAGCUCACCGGUUCCUCCAACUGCCUCCAUCCCUCUGGGUGAUGCAGAGCGUGAAAUUCGACGUCAUCUAGAGCUCGAACUUCUCAUGGCCAGUGGCGAUCAAGAUUCCAAGGAAGACCUUUCCGCGGACGAUGAAGAGGCUACGUCUUCCGCUCUGGCCAAUUUAGCUCUCACGGAUAAGGCCGGAAAGGAUAUGCACCAGAGAGGUCAACAGCCUGGCAACGGAAAACAAAAGGAGCUCCGCUACAUGCAGCUCCGUGGAACAACUGUGCUGCUCAAACCACAUAAUCAAGACACGUCCUCUGGAGCUUCCGACGCGUCCGGAGACCCACAUAUGACAAGCGCUUUCAUGUCCAACACACGACUCCAUGAUGUUGUCAUUUCUGACUGCUCUGAUGUACACAUCUACCUGCUUCAACCCUUUGAACACGCCACAAUUGCAGCUUGCACUGGUUGCACCAUCGUCGUGGGAGCAGUGGCGGGGAUGCUGCAUGUGGUGGACUGCGAGAAAACCAAGGUCACCUCUGCUGCGAGACGCGUUUUGAUCAGCAACUCCUCCGAUGUUCUCCUCAAUGUGUUCACCCCCAGCCCGCCCCUUUUGGUGGGAGACAAUCGAACCUGUCAGCUGGCGCCCUACAACACGUACUACGACGGUUUUCGCGAAGACCUCUUGUCUACUGGUUUGGGAGCUUCGGUGUUGCAAGAAAACCAGUCUCCAUUCCAUGGCGGCAGAACUACGGAAUCGGACGGGACUUGGCCAGCUUUGCACUGCGCGAGUAAUAAGUGGAAACAACCAAUAGAACUGUCGAAGCUUGAGCUUCCUCAUGUUCCUAUGGCUGGAGCUAGCAGCCCGGCAUCCUCCCCUGGAUCGCCCACCAGCAAUUCGUCCCCUGGUGCCGACGACAAAGCGGUUUCUGGCGGCAAGCCGGGAACAGGAAAUGAUGCAGCUUUGAUGCAGCCUGUUUUGUUGCCACCGUCGGAGUUCCACGUGCUGUUCGUGCCUUGGGAAAGUGAAGCCGCACGACAACGUCGACUCGAUUCAAAGGCAGAGGAAGGCAAAGAGGCUGAAAGCAGCGGGCAAGGGGAGAGCCAGUAUUCGCGCUUGCUUGCUGAAGUGCUUCAGUUGUCGCCUUUUCGCCUUCCAGCGGAAUACGAGCGUCGUGCCCUUGUUACGGCUGACCGAAUGCGCAACAUUCAACAAGCAAUGCAGAAACAUCUGACUGAGGAACAACGUGAACGCUUCGAGGAAGAACUGAACCGAUCUUUCAGAGACUGGCUGGUUUCCUCGGGCAAUCUUCGGCAGGUGCUGGACUUGUUUCAACUCGAGAAGGCGAACGCAGGUAGCUGAGGAUUAGCAAACACACCGUACCGUCCUAGUUACACGCCAGUUGCCUUUCGUGGGCAACGAGUUCUAUGGUACAUCUAUGCACUUCGCCUUAUGGAGAGACGAGAUUUAGACACUUUGUUCUGACUAAUAACGGGCAGACGACACCGUAGCGAAUACUAAGUCUACUUAUAACUGAAACAUCAUUU